CCCGCUGACCGCAGACGCGCCGACAGGCGGCUGAAGCGGUCCGUUUGGACACGUAGAUGAGCGCGUGAGGGGGAGAGGGUACAGCGGAGAGGUAUUAAGGGGGGAGGCAGGCGGACGCUCUCGGUCAGUCCUACCGGGCUUCCCGGUAGCCUACGGGACGCUGAGGCAUUUAAACCAAAACGUCUUUGUUGCUGUAAAACCGCGAGAGUCCGUAUCGGGAGCGCGCAUGUGUUUAAAAUGCGCAUUCAUUCAAACGAGGCAGCAGUUGAGUGUGUGCGACACAAUAAGAGUUCAAACGCGCCUCGUUCUACAGCAUAUCGUCCGGUUUAAACGGAAUUAAUCUGGUUUCCGUUAAUCUGGUGUUCAAAGGCGGAUUUUUACAUUCACAAUCCAGCAGUAACGUGAUACGGAAACCCCGUCUGGAGCAGGCCCGUCCAUCCGCACCGCACCGCACCGGACCGUUAGCGCACCCGCACACGCUGCGCUCUCCCACUGGGCGCAGUUGGUCAACAUGACGAGUCUGCGUCAGAGGAAGGGCAGCAGGGGAAAGGAGGAGGUUCAGACCCAGCAGGCUAACUGUUGCACACACCACCACUAUCCAGAGAAGAUCCUGCAGGGUGAUUGGUCAUGGCGCUGCAUAAUUUGGACAUCGAUCGGUUGGUCCGUUUCUGUCGGUCUAGGCCUGCUGUGCUGUAUCUAUGUGGCCACGCUACAUGAGAAUGACCUAUGGUUCUCCAACAUCAAGGAGGUGGAGCGCGAGAUCUCCUUUAGGACCGAAUGUGGACUUUACUACUCUUAUUACAAGCAGAUGCUGCAGGCCUCGUCCAUAAAAGAAGGACUGUUAGAACUGAUCCAUGACAACAUGACGGAAUCCAGGAGAACCAUUAACCUCCUACAGCGAAUGAACAUCUACCAGGAGGUGUUUCUCAGUGUUCUCUACAGGUUGUUGCCCAUUCAGCCCUACCUGGAACCUGUGUAUUUCUACAUUUACACAGUGUUCUCACUCCAGGCCGUGUAUGUGAUAGGUCUGUACCUCACGGCGUGGCUCCUGUCUGGUUCCUGGCUCGCUGGGACACUAACUGGAGUCUGGUACAUCCUCAACAGAGUAGACACCACUCGUGUGGAGUUCACCAUCUCCCUCAGAGAGAACUGGUCUUUGCCCUUCUUUGCGCUGCAGGUCGCAGCCAUCACUUGUUACCUGCGACCACAGCUCGGCGCCCUACAGCAGAAGGUGAUGGUGUGGUUGAUGUACGUGACCACGUUCUGUUUCUGCCUGAUGUGGCAGUUCAACCAGUUCAUCCUACUGGUUCAAGCUCUGGUCAUCUACAGCCUGGACUGUGCCGACCUCCUCACAACUACACAGGUUACGACUCUGUACCUUGUUCAGGUGAGCGGCCUGCUGACUGUCUGGCUCCUGCAGUUCUGUAACUCUAUGAUACUGGGAUCACUGGUCCUCAGCUUCAUCGUAGCUGCCCUCUUCAUCAGACACUACCAUUCUGGUCUGAAGACUGGAGGACUGCUGGUACGUCUGGGCAAAGUUCUGUUCCACAGUGCUGCGGUUCUUCUUCUCACCGUCAUCAUCAACUUUCUGACCAAGAAAGUCCUUCAGCUCAGAUCUGAUGAACACAUUUUUAAAUUCAUCAAAUCAAAGUUUGCUUUGGGCUCAACCAGGGAUUUUGAUGCCGGUCUGUAUCUGUGUGAAGAGGCCUUUGGCCUGCUGCCCUUGGACACGCUGGAGCGUCUGGCUGGCACCCUGCUGUUAUACCCCUACAUGCUCACUGUGCUGCUGCUCUGUGGUACGCUAGCAGUGGCAGCACUGCAGAACCUCAGUCCUGGAGGAGGUCUGGUAGAAGAGAAGAGAGGAGCUGCGGAGAGAAGAGUGGAGGCUUUCCGCCCAGAUGUGGCCUAUAAUCUGUUGCACACGGUGCUCUAUGGCAUCCUGGCUUUCAGCACUAUGAGAAUGAAGUACAUCUGGACCGGCCACAUGUGUGCAGUGGCAGCUUAUGGUGUGUGUGGGACUGAGGUGUGGACUCUGGUGCUCAGGGUUCUUCGCUGCAACACCAAAGUCCUGCUGAGGCUUUUCAGAUACGCGGUUCCUCUGCUGAUCUUCUGCUGGCUGUAUUAUAAGUUCUGGCCCAAGCUGAUGGAGGAGCUGUCAGAGCUGAGGGAGUUCUAUGACCCAGACACCGUGGAGCUUAUGACCUGGAUUAGCACAAAGACCCCCAAGCAGGCGGUGUUUGCUGGAAGCAUGCAGCUCCUGGCCGGCAUCAAGCUGUGCACAGGCAGAGUUCUCACCAACCACCCACAUUACGAAGAUAAGGUCCUGCGGGAGCGGACCAGACAGGUCUAUCAGGUGUACGCCCGUCGGUCCCCGGAGGACGUUUAUGACAUCCUGAGGGCGGUGGGGGCGGACUACGUGGUUCUGGAGAACAGCAUCUGUUAUGAACGGAGGCACCGGAGAGGCUGCAGACUGCGGGACCUGCUCGACCUGGCUAACGGACAUGUCAUGGACGGACCCGGAGACAACGACCCAGACCUCGUCCCUGCCGCCCACCAGAGAUUUUGUGAGGCCAUAAAGACCGACGCAGCGGCUUACACAGCACUGUUCACCAGAGCCUUCCAGAACAAAACAUUCUAUGUUUACCGGCUCAAAAAGAAACGUAAGAAAAGCACCAAGACCUCCUCAGAGCCCCAUCCGCCUCAGUAACAGGACCAGAACCAGCAGAGACCGGAGGAGGACUAGACCAGACUGAAUCCUCCGUCUCCGCUCGGCUCCACCUCCUGCUGGGAUCCGGGUAGGAUUGUGAUCUGAGCCGGACCUGGACCGCUGCUGUCUGAAGCAGGAAAGAUCUGCUUCCUCAACACGAUGAGUUUCUGAAGGUCACAUGCUCUCCAGUCAUGAUUUAACCUCAGAUGGUGUUAGGGUUUAAUCUAGUUCCUCAGUAACGGGCUACAUUAAUCUAGAUAAUCUAGAAAACUAAAGUCACGGUGGAGAGUUUAUAACAUCCCAGAUUUAUAUGUGAAGCACUGGCAUGAGUCUCACAGCAUCGUAGUUAUUUUAUAUCAUUUUCCACGAGUCGUUCCAGGCUGGUUGGGAGUCUGACCGGUUGGAUUUUAGCUGGAGAGAUCAAACCUCCACUGAGCUCAGCUGAUAGCAUGGUGUGGAUUCCUGCAGCUCCUCAGCAGCAUGAAGGUUGUGAGUGGAGAUGGAUCUGGCUGAGGAUCGCUCUUCGUUUAUAAUCACUCAUGCAGCCAUUUCUGGUCAAACUUCACCUCCUUCCAAGGUGCACCGAGAGGCAAACCAGUCAUUAUUUACCUUUAUGGACCAGGUUGUUCAGGCCUUCAGCAGCAGCUUCAGGCCUUCAGCAGCAGCUUCAGGCCUUCAGCAGCAGCUUCAGAAGCAGCUUCGGCAGCAGCUUCAGGCCUUCAGCAGCAGCUUCGGCAGCAACUUCAGGCCUUCAGCAGCAGCUUCAGUAGC